GCUUUUUACAGCGAGUCACUGAUGGGGCUGGACUUCCGGUCAUGGCGGGAUGUUUUGAUUAAUGCUAAUGCUGUGCUAACGUUAGCAUUCAGCUUGAACAUGCAGAGACCCGUGAGCAGCCUGAACCUGAACUCACGAGACACAGGUAAACUGACCAGCGCGGGAAUCACGUCCACACGAGACCUGCAGCACAUGACCCCGACACGACUCAGCUCAGAGACUGGUCUUUCCCAGAGGGAGGCGCUAGAGGUGCUGCAGGUGGUGAGCUCGCGUGGGGGCGGAGCUUCUCUCAGCGCUUUGGAGCUUCUGCAGAAAGAGGAGGAGGAGCCAAAGAGCAUCAUCACCUUCUCCUCACAGCUCGACGUUGCGCUCACAGGAGGACUUCCUGUCGGGAAAAUCACUGAAAUCUGUGGAACGCCAGGAACGGGAAAAACCCAACUGUGCCUGCAGGUGGCCGUGGACGUUCAGGUGCCUCUGUGUUUCGGGGGCGUCGGAGGUCAGGUGGUCUUCAUCGACACUGAGGGAAGCUUCCUGCUGCAGAGGGUUGUUGAUAUCGCUGAUGCUGCCGUCCAACACUGCGCCCUGUUAGUAGAAGAUGAUGAGCAACGAGCCGCCAUGACAUCCUUCAGCGUGGAAACCAUCCUCUCCAACAUUUUCCUGGUACGUUGUCAGGACUACGUGGAGCUGCUGGCAGAGCUCCACCUACUGCCUGACUUCCUGUGCGAGCACCCGAGGGUCCGCCUCUUGGUUAUUGAUAGCGUGGCAUUUCCGUUCCGGCAGCACUUUGGUGAACUGUCGCAGCGGACACGCCUCCUCAACGGUCUCACACAACAGCUAAUCACCAUGGCAACAAGCCAAAACAUGGCUGUGGUCUUGACCAAUCACAUGACCACGCGCCUGCAGGGUGGCAGAUCACAGCUGGUCCCUGCCCUUGGCGAAAGCUGGGGCCACGCCCCCAACAUCAGACUCCUCCUCCACUGGACGGGGCCAAGGCGACUGGCAGCCAUCUUUAAAUCAUCAGAUCACAUGGACUCCAUCGUCCAAUACCACAUCACCUCUGAGGGGUUCAGAGACGCUCACCAAUCAGAGCAGCCUCAGAUCAAACGGCCAAGAACACACAGCAACCAAUCAGUUGUGAGCAACACAAAAACCAACUCCUGAUUGGUCAGAGACUGUCAGCCAAUCAGAGCCUGAGCUGUUUGUUUUAUGAUCAAUAAAUAUUUUUGACUCAUCAAA